AUCAAGAGGUAGAAUGGCGUCAGUACAAGCCUUUCCCCAAGAAGCAGACGUGUCCCACUUUGUUGAGUCCUCACGUUCAUCUUGCUUCAACAGGCAAACAGAUCGGUGGAGGUCGACAUGGCCGGCAACAUGGACGAAAAUACAGAUUCGGGGAUCUCAUUGGAGCCGUACAUCGAAUCCGUGCGCCAGCAACUGGAAGACCAGGAUCAGAUUUUCCUCAUCGGGGUCCUCGUCGCUUUGGCGGUUGUGAUCAUCACCUGUGUUUUUCUCAAAUACUUUUUGACCAGUAAAACGGUCCGAAGUGCGGUGCUGCUAGUCGGGCUAUGCGACGCGGGCAAGACGCUUCUCUUCAGCCGACUUCUCUCUGGGAAGUUUAAACGGACUCAGACAUCCAUUACAGACAGCAGUGCUCCCUAUAAAGUGAUAAAUGAAAGGAACACCAUCUGGACUCUGAUAGACCUGCCAGGUCAUGAGAGUUUGCGUUCACAAUAUUUGGAAAAGUUCAAAUCAGCAGCCAGAGCCAUCGUGUUCGUAGUGGACAGCGCCAUCUUCCAGAAGGAAGUGAGAGAUGUUGCUGAGUUCCUGUAUGUGCUUCUGACGGAUGCCGUGCUCUGCAAAAACGCCCCCACAUUCUUGGUUGCGUGCAACAAACAAGAUAUCACCAUGGCGAAGUCAGCCAAACUGAUUCAGCAGCAACUGGAAAAGGAACUGAACACACUGCGGGUGACUCGCUCGGCAGCCCUGAGCUCCCAGGACGGUUCGGGGGGAGGAAGCGUGUACUUGGGAAAGAAAGGCAAAGACUUUGAAUUUAGCCAGCUGCCAAUUAAGGUAGAAUUCCUGGAGUGCAGCGCCCGCGGAACCAAAGGUGAAGAGGCCGAGGCUGACAUCCAGGCCUUGGAGAGCAGUCUGGCUAAAUUGUGAAGGAAAAAAAAGUGAGGACUUCACUGGCAGGCACCAUCCACGCUUAAGUCAACAAUUUCACAGCACUUCAAAAGACAACCACUCCCUCACACAUUCAGUCAAAUCAAUACUGUGAAAGUCCAAUUAGCAAACAUGGAUGGAGAUUUAUGAAAUGAAUACUGUUUGCUUGUUUUGAAGUGCAAAUCUAAUAGUGAACAUCAAAAUUCAAAAUGACAAUAAGCUCAGGUAUUGACACAUUUAUUGCAAAAACACAAUUUUGGACAGCUUUGAGAAAUCCUGGCUAAAGGAGCUGUCGUGUCAUCAUGGAAGGGAAGCCUUGUGCCUCUUUAUUCUGAUAGAAUGACAAAUGUUUAGCUUUAGAGCAGUUUGAAUGUAUGGGAUUGUUGUGAAGAAUGCAUUUGUAAUGACAGGUCAUAAUUUAUUCCUGCAAAAACUGACAAAAAAAAUUCUUGCCUGUACAAAAUGGCAACAUGGUCUUUUUGGUUGUCCGCGUGGGCUUCAUUUUAUUUCCAAGUUUGUUUGUCACUUAGUAAAGCCAAACAGGUCAUACACAGAUUCAUUAGGGCGGGUUGACAG